AUGAAGUUGUUUAUUGAUCAUUAGUUUUUAUUUGUUUUUAAUAGAUUUUAUUGCACAAUAGGUAAACAGAUGAGAAUUAUAGCACACAGCUGGUCAACAAUAUUAUAUUGAAUAAGGAAGUAAUUAAAUGAACAAAUGUUUAUUAGACUAUUUAAAAGAAAAACCCUUCACUAUGAUGGGAAUAACACUAGAGAGUAUUUGAACGGGUAAACAAUAGCACAAUUAGGAUUGCUGUAGGAGAAAAAAGAUGGAGAAAAUAUAAAUUAAGGAAAAGAGCUGUUUGUUUUCAGAAGUUUUUCUGUCUAGCUGACUGGAAGUUCUUUUUAUAGCAUUUCACCAAGCCUUCUAUUUCCUAAAGUUCAAAGUCUACAGAUCACAAACCCUUCAGAAAGACGAGCGGCUCAUAAAGACUGUUGAUUUUCUGUUAAAGAUGAUUACAUGAGCAGAGUUUCAAUUGUUGUAACAAAAUUCCAAACUUUUGUGCUUUUAAAACAAGUUUUAGUUUUUUUUAAACUAGAAAAAAAAAUCCUUCAGGACAUCUAUUGCGUUUCAAACAUGAACGUCUGGGCUAAGCUGAAGUCGUCUGGGUGGGUUUAUCCCACCACAGUUCUGUCUUUAUAUGGCUUAUUUGCAAACUGCAGGGUCGCGGAGCCCUUUCUGACCCCAUACCUGAUUGGACCACACAAGAACAUAUCUGAAAAUGUGGUUACAAACUACCUGUUUCCUAUCUGGACGUAUUCCUAUUUGGUCUUCCUUUUACCUGUUUUCCUCUUGACUGACUUCCUGAGAUACAAACCGCUCAUUGUGGUUCAAGGACUCUUCCUUGUCACCAACUAUGUUUUGCUUUGCUUUGGCCCAGGUCUCCCUGCAAUGACCCUCCUUCAGGUCAACUAUGCAGUGGUAACUUCUACAGAGGUGGCCUAUUUCUCCUACAUUUACAGCAUUAUUCCAGCGGAGAACUAUCAAAAAGCUACUGGUUAUCUACGUAGUGCCAUGCUGGUUGGAUAUACAUUUGGUGCAAGCCUUGGCCAAAUGCUUGUCUCUCUUGCAGGAUUGGACUACUUUUAUCUAAACGCCAUAACUUUAGGGAUUGUGAGCGUGGCUUUUCUUAUCUCCUUCUUGCUUCCCAUGCCCAAAAGAAGCAUGUUUUUCAAAGGGGAAAAAGCAGUGAGCUCCCAGAGGGAAGAGAAGCCUGGAGACAACACUCUUGACCAACAAGUGAUGGAUAAGGAUGGAACAGGCUCAGAGGCAGAAAAGAUUGAGCGUGAUGACAGCAAUGGGUGCUACAGCAGACAGAAUGUCAUCUCUGCAAGUCAUCUACUAUGGAAGAGCUUCAGGGAGUCCUACUCUUCCAAGAGUUUAAUCUACUGGUCUUUGUGGUGGGCUUUGGCCACAGCUGGCUAUGUGCAGGUCUUCAACUAUAUCCAACUUAUGUGGGACCACAUAGAACCAUCUGCCACAGCAUCUAUCUACAAUGGAGGAGUGGAGGCCGCAUGCUCUGUUGUUGGAGCCGCGGCGGCCUUCUCUGUGGGCUUCAUCAAGGUGACCUGGACUGUGUGGGGGGAGCUGGCGUUGGGGCUCUUCUCGGGCGUGGGGGCCGGAGCCGUGUUUCUGAUGGCGUUUACCAGCAGCAUCUGGGUGUGCUACGCUGCAUACGUGGUAUUCAAAUCCUGUUACAUGUUCCUCAUCACCAUCACCACAUUUCAAAUAGCCUCUAACCUUUCCAUGGAGUGCUACGCUUUGACUUUUGGGAUCAACAGCUUCGUGGCGCUCUCACUGCAAACCAUCAUCACGGCGAUUGUAGUGGAUGAAGCUGCACUGGGGCUGGACAUCGUAACACAGUUUACAAUAUAUGGCAGCUACUAUGCUGCCAUCUCACUGCUGUUUCUGCUUCGAGGAGCUUACACCGCCUGUGUGAGUCGACACUCUGCUCGGCACAUGGAGCCCGACGGGGCGGUGAUCUCCUCUGAACGUUUCUGACCAAUAAAAUUAUUUGAAAAAAAAAAAGCUUUUGUUGUGAAGUUUUUUCCUGAUCCUGUUAUUAUUUUGUAAAUAAAUUACUUGUAUAACAUAAAAAAACAAAUUAAUCCCAAGAAAAAACUGCAUUUGUACCUCAAGGGCACAUGUGUCAAAGUCGA